GCGACCGUCUCUCUCUCUUAUAAUUUAUCCCGCCACAAAUUGCGUGCUCUCUGUUUUCGUUCACCUUUCUUCUUUCCUUAGACUUUCGUCUAAUGCAUCAUCAGUCUCAUCACGAACACCAACAACAUCACGAACAACACCACGAACAUCAACAACAUCACGAACAGCACCACGAACAGCAUCAUCACAACAUGCCGCAGCACGGAAAGAAGCAGGUGCACCAGGAAAACGUUGGUCACCAGCCGCACCACCUGAGGCAUGAGGGCGAGCAGGAGCCCGGAUACACCGAUCUCGCUUUGGAGGAGGGUCAUGAUUUGAUUUACCGCGCCGAGGAGGAGGCUCAUAUGCACGACGACGAGAAAAACAUGCCAAAAUCCUCCGCCUCUCAGACAGGCACCAAGCAAGCCGGCGCCGGCAUGAUGACCAAAGACAUGAAAGCCAAGAUGAUGAUGCCCGAGGGUUCAGCGACCUCGGAAAACAUGCCGCAGGGCGGUUCCUCUAGUAUGGGCAUGGGCUCCUCUGGCAUGGGUAGUGGUAUGGGCAGUGGUAUGGGUGGUACGGGUCAACAGCAGCAGCAGCAACAGCAGCAGCAAUCCAGCGGUAGCGGUAGCAGUGGAGGAGGAAUGGGACAUAAAAUGACGGAGGAGAUGAAGAAGGGAAUGGAAGGCGUGGGGAAGAAGAUGGAGGGGAUGAAGGAGGGGAUGAAGGAGGGGAUGGGGAUGGGAGGUGGGUCGAAGAAGUGAAAUGCAGAGGGUACUGGUGAAGUACCUGGAGGGGUGGAGGGGGAGGAUAUGGAACGGCUAGAAAGGGGGGAAGGAAAGGGGGAGGAAGGAAA